AUGAAUGAAAAUAUCCAUUGUCAAAUAUGUGGCCAACCCUGGGCCGCGGCGGAAAUGUUUUCAUUAUCAGAACCACUAUUGCAAGAAUGGUCAGCGGUUCAUGUCAUAUUAGACUGUUUUAGGCUUAGGGUGUCUGAGGAUUGUACGAAUAGUUUAUAUUGCAAACAUUGCAAGCAAGAUUUGAUAACGGCAUCCGUUUUGUUCAAGAAAAUACGCGAUUCGAAUCUCAAACUGGAAUCCAUCACAACUCUGGUAGAAGAAAUACCUAAGUUAGAAAUAGUGGAUCCAACAGACACAACGAUUGUUUCGAUUUUUAUUACUGAGACCGACGUCAAGACUGAAUCGGCUGAAGAAGGCUCUGAGCUAUUUAGCAACAUCAUCAACGAUAAAGGCAUUCCCGGAUGUGUUACCCAAUAUCAACAGCAGGAUUUUGCAGGAUCGAAAGAGCAACCAUUACUACAACAUGAUGGUGAACAUCCGAUACCCGUAGAAAACUGUGAAGAAGGUUCUAACGACACCGAACUAAGGUUGUCGAAAGAAUGGAAUGGAACUGUGAAAGCGUCCCGAAGGAUGAGUACACAUUCUGUUCGUUCGGACGAUGGGAUUUCAGCUUCCUCAAGUGAUUCGGAAGAAUCGGACUACGACGGUGAAGAUGAACAGCUGGAAAGAAAACGACUCUACUACGGUGUCAAACCUAAUUCUCAACCCAAGAGGUGCUGUGCAUGCAAAAACAUGCCUCUAGACACGCAGGAAAAAGUAGAGGAACAUUCCGUCAAGUACCAUCUAAAAAUGCGUCUGACAAAUCCGAAGGAUUUUGCUGGAAAAGUUUUUGAAUGCCUGACCUGCUUUAUGCGGUUUGAAACCAAGAAACUCUACUUGCAACAUCAACGUAAAAUGUACGUCGAUAUGUUGCAUCCUUGCAAGCAGUGCGACGUAGAGUUCGCCAACUUUUACGUUCUUCAAAAGCACAUGAAAAAUAACCACCAGCGAAAGCUGAAAAUUCACGAGCUGGAGGAGAUGCGAAUACAGAGCAAUAUUUGCUGUGGCUGUCGGGUCAAAUUUGGAUCCCAACAGGAACUGAAGGAACAUGCACUGAAAGUGCACCUGCCGAAUCGUGAGCUAAACUGUAGUGAGUCUACAGUAGAAUGUGAUAUUUGUUAUAAAAUUUAUAAGUCUGCUAAAUAUCUAAAAGAUCACAGGUUACGUUUCUUCAAGAAGAAAAACCUGAUAUGUUCUCAGUGCGGGCGCAGUUUUCGAGAACGCUCGCAACUGGAAGGCCACGAAGAUUCACAUCGAAACGUCCGAAAAUACGAAUGUCCCAUUUGUUCGGCUAAGUUUUCAAUGAAAGCAUCCUGGCAGGUGCAUGUCAAAUAUCACGAUGCAAAGGAAAAUUUUCACUGUGAAUACUGUGGAAAGGGUUUUCGAAAAAAGGGUCUUAUGAAAGCCCACCUACGUAUUCACUCUACCGAUCGACCUCAUAAAUGUCCCUUGUGCCCGUUAACCUUUACCCAGAAGAACCGACUUAAUUCGCACGUUCUGGAGCAUUCUGGUUUGAAAUCGUUCAAAUGUGAUCGAUGUCCCGCCUCAUACGUGCAUCAACGUGCUCUCCGGAGGCAUGUUCGUGACAAACACGAAGGAAUACAGACUUUCAAGUGUAACAUUUGCCCAAAAGGAUUCAUCGAGCAGAAGCCACUUCUAAUUCACCUAAAAACCCAUGAACGUAGCAGUGAGGCAACUUUCUCGAAAACUUGA